AUGAUGCAACCUUCGGCCGCGCGGUACACGGUCACCAGGCCACUGUACUCUGAGGACUCGUUCACCCGGGAGCAUGAGAAGAUCUACAGGCAAUGCAAGACCCCGCUGGACCAUGUGAAGGCAUACUUCACUUGUAACUCGAAAAGGGCAAAGAAUACUGCCCUUUCCCUGCUGCCCAUCAUUGGCUGGAUGAGAAUCUAUCGCAUCAAGGAGUGGCUGCUGAAUGACAUCGUGUCUGGAGUCAGCACUGGAUUGGUUGCUGUCCUGCAAGGUCUGGCGUUUUCCCUGCUGGCCUCCCUUCCCCCCAGCUAUGGGCUGUACACAGCAUUCUUCCCUGUGAUUAUUUACUUCUUCCUGGGCACCUCCAGACACAUCUCAGUGGGCUCGUUCCCGGUCCUGAGUCUAAUGGUGGGGGCAGUAGUGACCCGGCUGGUUCCAGAUGACGGUCCCCCAGCCAACAUCACAGAGUUUGAUGGCCUGACCUCAGAUCAGCAGAGGGUCGUGGUGGCCUCUUCUGUCACGUUCCUCAUGGGAAUAUUCCAGUUGGCCAUGGGGCUGCUGCAGGUGGGCUUCAUUGUGAUGUAUCUGUCGGACACGCUGGUCUCUGGGUUCACCACAGCGGCUGCCAUCCACAUCCUGGUGUCGCAGCUGAAGUUUGUGUUGGGGCUAGUGGUACCGGGCAUCAGUGGACCUCUCGCCAUCAUCUAUACGCUGGAGAAGAUAUUUGUGCAGAUCACGGACACCAACAUCGCCGACCUGGUGACAUCCAUCAUCAUUAUGGUGGCGGUGUUCAUCGUGAAGGAGAUCAACGACAGGUACAAGACCAAGCUUCCUGUGCCCAUCCCCAUAGAGGUCAUCAUGACUAUUAUUGCUUGUGGGGUUUCCUAUGGCUUCAACUUCAAAGACAAAUAUGAUGUAGACAUUGUGGGAGAAAUGCAGAUUGGGUACGAGGCACCAAUGGCACCCAGCGUGGAGGUCUUUCAGCAGAGCGCAGUGGAGGCGUUUCCCAUAGCCAUUGUGGGCUUUGCUGUGGCUUUCUCUGUGGCGAAGGUCUAUUCUGUCAAACAUGACUACAUCAUUGAUGGCAACCAGGAACUUAUUGCUUUUGGUGCGAGCAAUAUCUUUGGGGCAUCCUUCAGAUCGUUUGCGGCGAGCACAGCUCUCUCGAGGAGUGCGGUACAGGAAAGCACAGGAGGUAAAACCCAGAUUGCUGGCUUGAUCUCAGCGAUGAUGGCAAUGAUUGUUACCGUGGCAAUUGGAUUCUUGCUUGAACCACUGCCCAAGUCUGUGUUGGGGGCACUGGUAAUUGUCAAUCUGAAAGGAAUGCUGAUGCAGUUUCGAGAAAUCCCCUACCUUUGGAGGAAGGACCGGCCUGACUGUGUGGUGUGGAUCGUGACCUGUAUUGCUGCCAUCCUGUUGGGUCUGGACCUGGGGCUGGCUGUGGGCCUGGGGGUGGAGCUGCUGACUGUGGUCUUCAGGACUCAGUUUCCUCGAUGCUCUGUCCUGGCCAACAUCAAGGGAACAGACAUCUACAGAGACCGCAAGGACUACCUCUCUAUCUAUGAACCAGAGGGCGUGAAGAUCUUUAGAAUUCCGUCUCCAAUAUUCUUUGCCAACAUCGAGUUUUUCAGAGGAAAGCUGGUUGAAUCCGUGGGAUUUAACCCCCUACGAGUGUUGCGGAAGAGGAACAAGGCCCUGAGGAAGAUCAGGAAGCUGCUGAAGAACGGGGUGCUGCAGAUAACAGAGAAGGGACUGAUGCAAACAGGCUCAGGGCCCAUCGAGGAGUCGGAGGACGAGAGCAACAUGGAGGACCUGGACCAGCCCACCAACUUCCAGGACCUUCCUGUCCAGGUCAACUGGAAUGCCGAGCUUCCUGCCGGAAUCUGUGUCCCCAAGGUCGACGUCCACAGCAUCAUCCUGGACUUUGCGGCCGUCUCGUUCCUCGACAUCUCUGCACUGAAGGGCCUCAAAGUGGCACUGAAAGAGUUCAUCCGAGUGGACGUGGAGGUCUAUAUUGUGGCGUGUGAUGCAUACAUCCUGGAAAAACUGCAGAGCUGCCGCUUUUUUGACGACGAGAUCAAGACGUCCAUCUUCUUCCUGACCCUCCACGACGCCAUGCUGCACAUAUUGCAGAGACACCAAGACCCACUGGAGCAGACGCCAAGAUACGAGCAGCUCUUUCCCGACAAUCACCAUGACUACCACAGGAACGGUGGGCCCCGCUUCAGGAGCAAGUCGGAACGGGAGACCAGAUUCUAG